AUGGCUUCCUCCAUGAAGCUAGAGGAGCUGCGAGAAGCUGCAAGGGCAGCAGGCCUUUCUGCGUCAGAAGAGAAAUUUGUUUGCUUCGAUUGGGGGGCAAGCCAAGAAUGGCAGGAGUAUCUCGCUAGCCUUUAUCCGACACCCCCGCUCAAUAAGCUGCUAAAGUGGAAGAAGAAAUUUUACAAAGCCCAUGAGGACUCUUCUUUUGACGUAAACAACACUGCAGUAGACGAUGUGCUGAGUGGAACCAGCAGCUCUUGCCCUGCUCCCCGAAGCAAUAGCAGCAGCAACAGCAGCAGCUACUGCAGCUACAGCACCGGGGGUGCCUCCUUCGGGCGGCCUAUUGGAUCUCCUCCUUCUGCUGCAGUGCUGCGGGUCUUGUCGCCCUUGACGUUCUUCUGUCUCCUGGCUGGAAUGGCCAAAACUGCAUUGGCUGCGGCAACUUCCCAAAGAGGUCCCGGUGCUUCGCUGCUUCUGACGGGCAGUUUGUUGCUGCGUCUUUAUUGCUGCUUUGGCCUGCCGCCUUUAAAGCUGUGGCCGCUUUCGCGGCUGGGGGAGUCCAUGGCAAAUGAAGGUUUUGUGUACUUUCAGGUCACUCACACACUGCAUCAACAGCAGCCUUGA